UUUUUCCGUCUUCCCUACAGGUUGAAAGUGAGUGUAAUGACGUCGAGGUGCCAUGGAGCAUGGAGCUGAUGUCCUCGACAUCAUGGCCGGAACAAGAACCUAUGGGGCAGAACUAUUCAAACAUUUCAGGAGAAGAAGGAGGAGGUGUGAGUGGUGCGAACACUUCACAUAUCUAUACGACGGUGGAAACGGUGAUGAUCGCCCUGGUGGCCGGUGCCAUGAGUAUUCUCACCGUCGGCGGCAAUGUCAUGGUCAUGGUCAGCUUCAAGAUCGAUAAACAACUACAAACCAUCUCCAAUUAUUUCCUCUUCAGUUUGGCAGUGGCAGAUUUUGCAGUGGGUCUCAUCUCCAUGCCACUGUUCACCGUGUAUCUCCUGGUGGGAAGAUGGCCGUUCGGGCCGAUAAUCUGUGAUACUUGGCUCGCAUUGGAUUAUCUCGCUAGCAACGCCUCUGUACUAAAUCUGCUCAUCAUCAGCUUCGAUCGGUAUUUCAGUGUCACUCGUCCCCUAACGUAUCGUGCAAGACGGACUACAAAACGAGCAGCCGUAAUGAUAGCCAGUGCUUGGCUCAUAUCUUUGGUGCUUUGGCCGCCUUGGAUCUACUCAUGGCCAUACAUCGAAGGCAAAAGGACCGUGCCCGAAGGACAGUGCUAUAUCCAAUUUCUGGAAACCAACAUGUACAUCACUGUGGGUACAGCCAUUGCUGCCUUUUAUUUCCCUGUUAGUGUCAUGAUCGCCCUCUAUUACAAGAUCUGGCGCGAGACCAAAAAGCGCCAGAAAGAGUUCAGCCAACUCCAAGCAGAUCAACGAGACUCCAGCCGACGAUCGAAUUCCAGCGAUGAAGCGGUUGGAGGCGGGGGCGGAGGCGGAGGCGAAGUUGGAGAUCCCGAGGAUUGGAAGAGAGCGAGAUCCGAAUCAAGUAACCCAGAUGAAAUCGAUUCUGUCAUCCUUCCUACGUCUCUCUCCAUCGAUCCCAAACGACUUGCCAAGGCUCGGAGAAGACGACGUCAAUGGUGGAAGGGAUGGUUCGGUCGAGAGAGCAGCGGAAGCAGCAGCGGGUAUUGCGGCAGUGCGAGCGACACCGAACAGCCGGGUUUCUUGAGGAAGAAGUUCCCCGCACUUUCCGGGGGGCUCGGAAGCGGGACUCCCGUUUCCACGGACACGGCCGUCUCUCGAUUGCCCUCUAUGAACUACCUGGAAAGAAGGCCGGCCACGACCUCUCAUUCGGCAUCUUCAUCCGUUCAUCAUCGCCCCGCUCGACGAUCGCAUUCCUCGGAUUCCGUCUAUACGAUCCUCAUCCAACUCCCUGCAACCACGACCACCAGUGGUUCGGCUACGGAUUCCGGUCCAUCCAUUAGGAUGAUCAGCGAAGAAACGCCUCUCAACGACGACAAUGAUUCCGACGACUCCAUCAAAGCCAGGAUCCCGAGAAGGCCAUAUCCUCCAGGCUCCCCGAUAGCGGCUCUGAGGCGGGGAAGUUUCUUCCCACGGGAAGUAGGAGGAGAGAGGUCGACAUCCCCCACCCCUCCCAGGCGGCCCUCUGCACUCCCAGACCUUCAGAUCCCACUCAAUGUCCGCAUCGUUCCUAAACAUAUGACCAAGCUCAACACGCAACCGCAUCAACUUCAACAGCAGCCGAAGAAAAAGAAGAAGCCCCAAGAAAAAAAACAGGCGAGCCUUUCCUCCUCGAUCGACCGAAAGGCAGCCAAGACUUUAUCGGCCAUUCUGUUGGCCUUCAUCAUCACUUGGACUCCGUACAACGUCCUGGUUCUUCUAAAAAAUCUUUACGCUUGCGAAGAAUACUGCGUCCCGGAAGAGCUGUAUAAUUUUUGCUAUUACUUGUGCUACAUCAAUAGCACGGAGCAACAGAUCAUCUUCGGGGCAUCCCGUUUGGGUAUGGCCCGAAUCUAUAUCCCUGUGAUGUUCUCCAAAGACGUCCUUCGGAUGUCCCCUGGCACCCGAUUGCAUCCCAAGGACAUCUGCACCAUUUCCUUGGGGUGCACCCGUGCAUGUCCUUCCAUGUACGUCCAUGGAAUGAAUGCUCUCGGACUCGGGAGGUCGGAAUCUGAAAGGGAGGUCCAAGGGAACAUCCCAUUCUACUGA